GCGGUGUAUCAAUAUUGGUGUCACCCUUUUAGUCACUCGGUUAUUUAUCGCUGGCCCAGUCGCCUUACUGACUGUGAGGACCAUUGGUGUGCUUGCCAGCCCGCAUCUGCCUAGCCGUCUUUCUGUCUGUCUCUCCGUCUGCGUGUAUGUGCAUGUUUGUGACGGAAAGACAUUCACUGGAACAUUCGGAACUCGGCUGCUUUAUCUCUGGGCUAUACGUGGGCGAUUUGCUGGAUGUGCUAUUCUCGUCAACUAUACAGCAUUUGCCGAUCUCCGCCGCUCCCAUGUUCUCCUAGUGUCGCAAUGGGCGUCAAAUAACAAGGGCCAAUAAUGAAGACGAUUGCCCACCUUUAUCGCUCCCUCCCCGUUGCCCAAAUACUUUCCGUCAAAAGGUGCUGGGAUUUUUUUAUUAAACCGGAUGCCAGCGGGUUUCUUCACGAAAAUGCCUCUCACUCAUACCCCAGGCCCAGCCAACCACCAGCCGUGUCUGGUACUACGACCCUGUCAUGUUGUAAGCAAGCAUAUUGCCGAUUGACCCCGUGUAAAACAACACCAUGUAGGCUUUCGGGCACAAAGGCAAUGAGCGGAGUUGGCUAUUUCUUUGCCGACGCCCUCACGCUCAUCAAGCCCACCGUUGCCGGCGUCAAGUGCCUGGACUGCGUUGAUGCCGUUGAUGCCGGCACACUCCUGCCUGAUGUUCUGAGCGCCCUGGUCCGCAUCAACGCUGGCUUCCCGGCAGAGGGCGAAAUCAAGACGCCAGGACGGUUCGGCAUCGUCCCGCCUGUUCCUUUGCAAAAAAAGAUCUUCCCGUGGGUUGGAGGCGUCCUACCAGCAUUGUUCCUGGGGGACAACAAUGACCAGCAGCGCUCAGUCACCCGGUUCCUACGCCUCCUGCGUGAGCUGCGCACUGUUCUGCUGCAGGACAUUGCUGUCCUGCUCGAGGUCCCAGCCCUGAGCGACCAUGUCCACAAGCAUGCUGUGUUCUCGCACAGCGUCUUCAGCUCGCCCGAAUUCGCAGCAUACCGCGAAACCGUGCGCACACAGGCCAGCGACGAGAUUAACCAGCUCAAUGGGCUGAUCACCGAGUCAGUCAAGUGGGUCUCCUCGCGCAGGAAUAGGCUCGUGACGACCUCGUCUGAGCGCUUCAAGCCAACCGCCCCGCGUCUCGAAGUAAGGUACGAGCCGCGCCGGAUCACCCAGGAUAUCGAGGUGGCCAAUGCCAACGACAACGAGCGCAAGCGCCCCCGCAAACAAUCUCGCACGCAUGUCGAGUAUGAUGCUGAUGCUGUGGCUGCUCGUUUGGCUAAGCGCACACGCCGUGUCUAUGAUGCUAUUGCCAGCGGCAGUGGCCCUGCACGGCGGCAGCCACAUAGUGCCGACGACGGUGCCGGCGAGGUUCCCGAUAGCAGCAGCUCGGAGGAUGUGAUGCGGUCGGUGAACGACCUGCGCAUGGAAAACUCGGAGCUGAAGCUCAAGCUGCGCAAGCUGGAGCUCGCUUUGGAGCAGCACCAGGUGGAUGUGCAUUCGUGGAUGAUCAAGGUUGAGCGGUCACUUCGCAGCCAGAACAGCCCGAAGCAGCAGGAAAAAGACCAGGAGAGGCCGGCGACCCAGCUGAAUCCGGCUGCGUCUCCAGCUCAGCCCGUUCAACCGCAGCAGCAGAAGAAGCAUAUUCCAUUCUAUCCCAUCGGACAGGGCCCAGCGAAUAGCCACGCGCAGACAUCGUAUGGUGAGUCUACCAACACAAAGGUUGUGUCACUGCCGAGCAUCCAGAGCCUGAACCAGUUUGAAACCCCAGUGAGUAACGACAGCAGCGGCAAUGACCGCUACUUUGGUCACCAGUCGUCGCCUGCACCCAUUGCCCCCUCUGCCAAUGCCCCGCCCGCUGAGGCCAACGGAAUCAUGAACCACGGGUACCCAGCACCCUCCAGUAACAGCCGCCCAUCUCACGCGGCCGACAUGCUGCCGAACAGCGGCAGACACUCGCAGGCCCAAUUCCAGCAGCCCUAUAGCCGCUCGCCGCCACCCCGCGGUCUGCAGCUGCAGCUUCCGAAUCCGACCUCCAGGCAGCACCAGAUGUACGGCCGCUCAAGCGGGUACCGCUCACCGCCGUUGCACCAGCAGUACACUGCCCCACCCCCACACCAGGCCCAGCAGGCUCCGCCUCCGCCUCCGCCUCCGCCUCCGCAGCAGGCGUCGCUCAGCCACGGCCACUACAGUGGCCAUCACUACAACCAGCAGCAGCAUCAGCAGCAAGUGCCGCCGCAGCAGUAUCAGCCGCAGCACCCGUCUGCAGUUGAGACCAGCGAACCCCAGUGGUACCACAGCCAGCCCGAGCACCAGCGCCACCAGUAUAGCAACGGCCCGACGUCGCCCAUCCACCACACCAACCGCUCGGCUUAUUAAUUUACCUCAUAUCAGUGCUAACGUUAUAUAAUCUUAGAUGC